GCCUGAUCUGCCCUCUGAGCCAGCACUACAGCUUGUGCCACACUACAGGCAGAGCCACCCUGCUUCCUCCCAGGGCCUGGUACUGACAUUCCUGAGCUGCACUGCUCAGCUUUUCCCAGCUAGAAAGGAUUUACCACAGCUGGCUUUUAUUUUUUUGGCCUCAUUUUCUCUGGUAUCAGCUUGAGACUUUUCCCACCCUCAGGUAUCAGUACCACACUGUGCUCCAGAUCUGAAGGGAAUGGUCUGGAGACAGUGCUGUAAGACACUUUAGCUUCUUCUAUUUAGAGUCUCAAACAGACCAACCAUAUUUGCACUGAGCAAUGGAGCUGGGCUAUUACUGCUGUCUUUUUUUUUUUCCCCUGGUAAAAAUUUUCCAUUCCUUAGUUAUACCAGGUAGCCCCAAUGCAGCCUGAGAUAAGCAGCUCUGUAAAGGCCAUAGUUUGGCAGGUGGGACAGCAGCUAAAUGGCAGCCAGUCAAAGGUGAAUUUCUGGGCACUGAGGUGCCCUUCUGCCCUUUCUAUUUUCAUAUUUUUUAUGCAUACUAUUGAUGCUUGUAGCAGGAGCUGUGCAGGCACUGCCCAAGCUUGGCUUGCCUCCUCGUGAUAUUAACUCACAGGAUCAUAGAGUAGUUUGGGUUAAAAGAGACCUUUAAAGAUCAGCUACUCCAAAUAACAUCCUGACCAAGCAGUAUCCCUUUGGGAUACCAUUGCUUUAAAUUUUGUUUUUCAAAGGCAAAAUAAUUGUUAAAUAAGGAAAAAGGAAUAGCUGUAACACUGAAAAAAUCUGAGCAGACUGCACAGUAGCUUGGCAACUCCUUCCCCCACAGUGCUCGAAUUUCUUGUCCUCAGCAACAUUGCCAUUUUCAUUUGUUACAUUUCCUAGUUAAGAGUGACUUUUUUUUUCUCUUUUUCCCUUUUUUUCCUGUUUGACCUGGUUCAUUUCUGAGGGCAGGAGCAAUACUGAUCCUUCCAAUUAAAAGUUCAUUGUUGACCUUUUGCCAGUUAUAGUAAGCAAUCUCAGUCCCCAGUAACAAUUACAGGUUAUCGAGCUUCCAUGCCUACACAUUUCUGCUCACAGGAGCAUUCUGCCACUUGUCAUCUUGAAAAGCCUGACUUGUGUCUCCUGAGGGCAGCAGGGCAAGGGAGGUGAUUCUGCCCCUCUGCUUCACUCUUUUGAGACCCCACCUGGAGCACUGUGUCCAGCUCUGGGGUCCAAACACAGGAAUAACAGAAUAACAUGCACCUGCUGGAGCAGGUCCAGAGGAGGUCACAAAGAUGCUCAGAGGGCUGGAGCACCACUCCUGUGAGGACAGGCUGAGAGAGUUGGGGCUGUUCAGCCUGGAAAACUGAAGGCUCUGGGAAGCCUUACACAAUUUCCUGUGCCUAAAGAGGGAAUUGGAGCAGGACUUUUCACAAGGGCCUGUAGUGAUAGGACAAGGGGGAAUGGCUUUGAACUCAAAAGAGGGCAGGAUUAUAUUAGAUGUAAGGAAGAAACUCUUCCCUACAAGGGUGGUGAGGCACUGAAACAGAUUGCCCAGAGAAUUUAUGGAUGCCUCAUCCCUGAAAACGUUCCAGGCAAGGUUGGAUGGGACUUUGAGCAACCUGUUCUAAUGGAAAGUAUCCCUGUCCAGUGCAGGAGUGUGGAACAAGAUAAUCUUCAAGGUCUUUUACAACUCAAACCAUUCUGUGAUUCUGUGAUAAUAGAAAGUUGGCGUUUCUUGACUAAAGGAUGACAAGUGCAGCUACCAAGGCACCACAAUGGCUAGAAAUGCAAUUUGUCUCAAAACUGUUACCUGACAGUUGUUUGACUUUUUAUAGGAGGCUUUGUGUUGUGCCUGCUGCUGCUGUAAUCCGCUUUGGGGGUUUGGUCUGUAUAUACCUGGCGACUCAAGAUCUGAGCAGGUCAGAGAGGCAGCAGACAGGGAAAGCCUGUGCUGGAGGGGUGUUUUGUCAGGCCUUUCGGGGCUGCUGCCUGCCUCUAGCAUGACAGCAAAGGAAACACGUAAUAGGAGAAACAGGGUGAAAUUAAGGUUUUACAUAGGCAUGAGGGACCAAGUGUGGUCUCUCAGGAUAGCUGUGAACUUUUUCAGGUGGGUUGUGCUUAUUUUCAAGGUUUCUCCCCGGCACUUAGAGAUUUAGAAUGCAUUUAGCACAGCAGAGUCUGAAAAUCGCAGCCAGUCCCAGCCAAGGAGAGGUCGGUGUCCCUAGACAGGGUCUGUUAAGCACUCGGCCCUGUACACACUCAAAGGCAUUUGCUGCUAAAGCCGUACUCUCAGGUGCCAGUCCUUGACACAAACGGUGGCGGAUUAUUGGCAACAUCCGCUGGCUACGGCGGCACUUUUCCACGUUUCUAGAUGACCGGACUGUGCUGGCCAAGCGCCCUGGCGUGGGCCGGGCCUGGUGCUGGUCCAGCCUCAGUCUGCGUUCGCUGCCAAACGUUUGCAAAGCAUCGAAUUCUACUCUGGCUUUGUUUACACACGGAAACUGUAGGAGUAUAAUUAGCGGGGUUCGUGUGCUCGGCUGGCAGACGCCUGUUGUGUGUCACCGCUCCGCGCCCGAAACUCAGCCGCUCACUGCAGCACCCACGUACCCGGGGUUAGCGUCCACCUCGCGCUGAGCGCCCGCUGGACCGGGAUCAGUUUCACCCGGCGACACCCCGCGGGGCCCGGAGGCGGGGAGCGGGCGGGAUACAGGAGGGGUGCGGGAAGGAUGCGGGAAGGCUGCGGGAAGGCUGCGGGAAGGCUGCGGGAAGGAUGCGGCGGAGCCCCCGCCGUGGCUGCGCGGGCGGAAGGCGCCGCGGCGCGGCCCGGCUCCACCGCCCCCUAGCAACCGCCUGGCCCCGCCUGCCUAGCAACCGCCCCGCGCCCGGCCUCCUGAUUCGCCGCCCAGCCCCGGCCGGCCGUCGAAUUCCUAUUGGCUGCGAAGAGGGCAGCGGGCAGCGAUUGGCUGCGGCGGCGGAGGGAAGAGGCGGGGCGGCCGGGCGGGGUUCGGGCGGAGCGGGGCGGCCGCGGUGGCGUCGGCGGCCCGCAGGACUCUUUGGGCGCGUGGUGCGGAGGGAUACGUCGGCCGGACGUUGGUACGAGGGUCGGGCGGGGGCGGCGGAGGAGCGGGACGCGCUGCCGACGGCCGGCCCGGCAUCAUGGCCUCGGAGCUGGAGAGCCUCAACCCCGGGCAGCGCAUCAUGACCUUCCGCCCCACCAUGGAGGAGUUCCGCGACUUCAGCCGCUACAUCGCCUACGUGGAGGCGCAGGGCGCCCAUCGCGCCGGCCUGGCCAAGAUCGUGCCGCCUAAGGAGUGGAAGCCCCGGCAGUGCUACGAUGACAUCGACGAGCUCGUCAUCCCCGCGCCCAUCCAGCAGGUGGUGACGGGGCAGUCCGGGCUCUUCACGCAGUACAACAUCCAGAAGAAGGCCAUGACGGUCCGCGAGUUCCGUAGGAUCGCCAGCAGUGACAAGUACUGCACACCCCGGUACACAGACUUUGAAGACCUUGAACGAAAAUACUGGAAGAACCUUACAUUCAAUGCCCCCAUCUACGGGGCUGAUGUUAAUGGCACUCUCUACGACAAGCAUGUAGAUGCAUGGAAUAUUGGCAGAUUGAAUACAAUCCUGGAUAUUGUAGAGAAUGAAAGUGGCAUAACCAUCGAAGGAGUGAAUACUCCUUACCUGUAUUUUGGCAUGUGGAAAACUUCCUUUGCUUGGCACACUGAGGACAUGGAUCUCUACAGUAUUAAUUACUUGCAUUUUGGGGAACCAAAGUCAUGGUACUCCAUCCCUCCAGAGCAUGGGAAACGGCUGGAGAGACUUGCAAAAGGUUUUUUCCCAGGAAGUGCCCAAAGCUGUGAAGCAUUUCUCCGACACAAGAUGACUCUCAUCUCUCCAUCAAUUCUGAAGAAAUAUGGAAUUCCAUUUGAUAAGGUGACACAGGAGGCUGGAGAGUUCAUGAUAACCUUCCCUUAUAGCUAUCACGCUGGCUUUAACCACGGCUUUAACUGUGCUGAAUCUACCAACUUUGCUACUCUUCGGUGGAUUGAGUACGGGAAGCAGUCGGUGCUGUGCUCAUGUCGAAAGGACAUGGUGAAGAUCUCCAUGGAUGUAUUUGUGAGGAAGUACCAGCCAGACCGUUACAAGCUUUGGAAAGCUGGGAAGGACGUGACUGUCAUUGACCAUGCUCUUCCAACCCCAGAGGCAGCAGAGUUCCUUAAAGGGGAUCUCAUGCAAAAAGUCAAGAGUGGGAAACAGUGUGCUGAGGAGAUGGAGACAGAAGAGAUGUGUAAAGAGGAGGUGGAUGGGGAUGAGACAAAAAGCAUCCCCAAGCACCGCAUAGGAACAAAAAGGCACAGGGUCUGCCUGGAAGUGCCUCAGGAGGUGAGUGAGAGUGAGGCCUUCCCUAAGGAGGAGCUGAGCUCCACACAGUAUGAAGCGGACAUGGCAGAGCCUCGUGAGAGGCCUACGAAUGAAUUUGGGCAGCAAGGUGAACAAAGGAUCAAACUUCCAGAUCGUGUGGACUCAGCCAAAUUUGAAGAAUUGAAACCGGUGAAGCUUGAGGAGGAAGAAGACCAAGAAGCAGCUGCCCUGGAUCUCUCCAUUUCACAUGCUUCGAAUUCUACUUCAGUGUUGCCAGCUUCAAAGCAGAGUGCUACAUCCAGUAUUCAGUCCAGCUCACCUUCCUAUUCUUCAGACUCGGAAUCGUCUGAUCUGCUGGCAAAACGAACUCUUCCUGGGCCAGCCGGGGUGUUCACAGUGCACAGCUAUGCGAAGGGGGAUGCCAGCGGAUCGGACAGUGAACAGACUUCAGGGAAGAAAGCCAGUGCCAGCUCCGGUGUCAAUGAGCAAGAGCUGACAGAGGUGGGAAAGGAGUCCAUAAGCUCCGUGAAGGAGAGUAAGAAAUCCAAGGGUCGUCGCCAGCCGUUGAGCAAACUCCCCCGUCAUCACCCGCUCCUGGUGAAAGACUGCAUCAGUGAUGAUGAGGCAUCAGAGCAGCUAACUCCUGAAGAAGAGGCUGAGGAGACAGAAGCAUGGGCCAAGCCACUGAGCCAGCUGUGGCAGAAUCGGCCGCCAAACUUUGAGGCUGAAAAAGAAUACAAUCACACCAUGGCCCAGCAGCCCCCAUACUGUGCUGUUUGUAUGCUCUUCCAGGCGUAUCAGGCAGAAUGUGAAGGCAGCAGUCAAAACUCUGGAGUAACUCCAGCUGCUGCUGAUGGGAAGAUCCGAACGAAACCCCUGAUUCCUGAAAUGUGCUUUACUGCAACUGGCUGCAGCACUGACCUCAAUCUUUCAACUCCAUACCUGGAGGAAGAUGGAACCAGUGUACUCAUCACCUGCAAGAAUUGCCAUGUCUGUGUUCAUGCGAGUUGUUAUGGUGUAUCCCCUGACAAGGCCACUGAAGACUGGAUGUGCUCCCGGUGUACAGAAAAUGCGUUAGGAGAGGACUGCUGUUUGUGUUCCUUACGAGGAGGAGCACUGCAGAGAGCCAAUGAUGACAAGUGGGUUCAUGUGAUGUGUGCUGUGGCUGUACUGGAGGCAAAAUUUGUGAACAUCGCAGAGCGGAGUCCUGUAGAUGUUGGCAAAAUCCCCCUGCAACGUUUCAGACUGAAAUGCAUCUUCUGCAAGAAACGGAGAAAGAGAAUUGCGGGUUGCUGUGUACAGUGUUCACAUGGCCGGUGUCCCACAUCCUUUCACGUCAGCUGUGCCCAAGCAGCAGGAGUCAUGAUGCAGCCUGAUGACUGGCCAUUUGUUGUCUUCAUUACCUGCUUCAGACAUAAGACUCCAUCUCAGGCUGAGCGAGCUAAGGCUGCACUCCAGGAUCUAUCCCCUGGACAGAUAGUCAUCAGUAAGCACAGGAAUGGUCGCUUCUAUCAAUGUGAAGUGGUCAGCCUUGCAAAGGAGACUUUCUACGAGGUCAACUUUGAUGAUGGCUCCUUCAGCGAUAACCUGUACCCAGAGGACAUUGUGAGUCGAGAUUGUCUUCAGUUAGGUCCCCCUGCUGAAGGGGAAGUCGUGCAGGUGAGAUGGACAGACGGACAAGUUUAUGGAGCCAAGUUUGUCGCGUCACACGCUAUCCAGAUGUACCAGGUGGAAUUUGAAGAUGGUUCACAGCUGAUGGUGAAAAGGGAUGAUGUAUAUACUCUUGAAGAGGAGCUUCCUAAGAGAGUGAAGUCAAGGCUGUCAAUCGCUUCAGAUAUGCGCUUCACAGAGAUCUUCGAAGAGAAGGAGGUCAGUCAAGAGAGGAAGAGACAAAGAGUGAUCAAUUCACGCUACCGUGAAGAUUAUAUUGAACCUGCCUUGUACCGGGCCAUCAUGGAGUAAACACUGCCUGUGGCAGAGGAAGAAGAUGCCCACCUCCCCCAAGGAUUUAAACGUUCCAGUACAACAGACCAUAUUUGGAUGCUUUGAAUCCAGGGUUUCUUCUGGGGUUUUGUUCUUUUAUAUUUUAAGGAAGCUAAAAGGCUGAUGCUCUGCAGUAGCUGUAAGGCAGCUGUUGUAUAGUGAAAGAGAUCCUGUUUGCUGAAGCUGAUGCCUGCAGACUGCUGGUCUGAAGUUGGGUCCUUACCAAAUAAGUCAGCUUGGGGAUGUUGCUUUCAUCUUGUUGAGCAGUCUUGCUUUUUCUUUAGAGACAAUUUUGACAGAUGGCAAACUCUUUGGGGAGUUGUUGCCAGGAAUCCUGGCAGCUGCAGAAUUGUAUGGUCUAUUGUUUUAACUGAAUAAUGUUCCUGAAUUUAGGAGUCUCCCUGGUGACCACACCUGGGUUUGAGCAGGCAGUAUUACUGGUGCUGGAAAUGGAACCUCUUUUAUAUUUAUAUCCAUUUUUUUUUGUUGCAAGCAGCUUCAGUCUCUUGUUUCUCAGCACCUCCUUUCUGAGGUUGAGCUGUAGGCUGUUCAAAUCUGAACAGACUGGAGGUGCUUGUGUGAACAGGUGAAAUGUGAAAUUGAAUCCUGUAGGACAAAUUAUUUAACCUUCCAUUUAAUAUUUUUGUUCUGAUAGUGCUUUUGACUUACUUAAUCAUGAGUUUAAUUGUUAAUAGUAUGUGCCUCAGAACCAGUGAAAUCUCUCUGGAGCCUUGUGAAGUGCAGCCUUCUAACAAAAAUAGGUGUUCAGCUCCCAAUAGACAUUCAGCUCCCAAAGAGUUUGUUUUGAGUUUCUCUAAGGCAAUAUGACUAAAGGGACAGUCCUAACUCUCCCUUCUUGAAAUCCAAGCAUCACAGUGUUGGGGAUGAUAGGGCAGUGGUAUCUGAAGCAGUGCUGCUCUGGGGCAGCACUGUAUGGUGUGUCCGCAGGCUUUUGCUUACAGCAGCUAAUACUGGGUCUGAGGCAGAUGAAGUAUGCACUGAGCUGUGUGUUCUAACUGAAAGGCUGUGCAAUGCUCUUCUGAAGCAGGAGUGCUGCUGUGUUGCUGUCUGGUAAAGGUUACUGUAGCAUUUUUAUAGAGUAUUAGGACACAUCUCAGUUGUGGUGGAGAGAAUUUGCUACCCAGCCAUAGGAAGCUGAGUUGAGCUGGGUAGUAGGUGUACCUGGAAGAUGUGCCAACUUGCUCCUAAUAAUUUAAGCAUUAACACAUCACAGUAGGAGCAAUGUAAAUACACGUUCCUUUCCCGUUCUGUAGGAAAGGGAUUUUAGGCUGUGGAGCAGAUUGGCCACCUUCUUUUUGCAUGGAAUCAUGGGGUGAAUUUUCCUACUGGAGAGAAUCAUGAUUGUGUGUUCUCCAGAAACUGUUCAAGAGGAGAAUUUUCUAAUGAAACAGACCUAAUGCAUCCCUGCUUCUAUAGGGACAUGGCAAUGUGUCUGCAAAGUCUGGAUUUGUAACUUUUUUCCUUUUGUUACAUAGGAGCGCUAUAAACCAAACCCUUCUGAAACCCCGGUGCAUCAAUUUGUGAUUAGCAAUAAAAUGUAGUAUUGCGUAGUGAUACAACUCUUGAUCAGAAAAGAAAUAAACUUCAACUUUUAUACAGAAAAUCUUUAGCCCUACAUUUUUAUAGGAUCAGAAGGAUAAAUAGCAAAGAUUUGCACACUGUUUUGCAUAGAGGUAAUCUGUCCUAUUUUUUGUGGUGGAAUACCUUGUUCAUCAGUAUUGGAAGGCUUAAACAGAUUCUGAAAGGAGAUAAUGGGGGGUUUUUGUGGUUUUUGGUUUGUUUUGGUUUUUUUUUCCCUUUUACCAUGUUCAAAACUUCUCAGGGUAUUAAAUGGCUUUCUGAUGAAUGGGAUAGUUGGCUUGAUAAAACCAGGAUUUGUUAAAACCUGA